AUGUCUACGCUGAGGGCUGUCGUUUUCUCUACAGAUAAUCCUCAGUCCUUGAAACAAAUUGUUGUCGGCUCAGAUUUUACAGGUGAGCAGUUUAUGCAAAUAGCUUGUAUUCAACUUGGAAUACCGUUCAAUAUGAAUUCACAAUUGCACGCUACGAUGCAAGACGGCACAACAAUUAUCGUUAAUUUAGAACAAACAUUAGAAUCUCAAGGUAUUUUGAAUGGAUCGUCUUUUUGCAUUGGCGAUAAUUACGGCCAACUACCUCUUCCUCCCCUUCAUACAUCAGAAUUCCCGCAAAUACAGCAAGACGAGUUUGAGGAACAGUAUCAGCAGUUUAUGAUACCGCCAUCAAGUCUUAAGGAGGAUCAAGUUCGAGAAAUUCAAAUUAAUCCGAUAGAUUUAACAGUUCUCGAUUUCCCAGAAAAUGAAAUUGAACCACCCAGCAGUCAGUUCCCUGCACCACCAUCAUAUUUCCCAGCAGAAGAACAGAGCGUAUUCGUUCCUCCUAUCGAUUUAACAGUUCCUGAAUUUCCAUCUGACUCUGAAAACUCAAUAGACAGUUCAGAAGGAAGUGAAGAAAGUGAUAUUGUUAUCAAAAAUAAUAAAUUUGAGACUGCUGAAUUUGAUACUUCUUGUGGCAUCAGCUUUUCAUUGGGAACGAAAGAAAAUGCGACACAAAUGUAUACUUUUUACGAAUUUCAAGAUAACCACGAAAAGCCAAUUUAUUAUGAUAAUAAAUUCAAGCUUAAACAAGUAAUUCAAGUCGCUCGUCAAGUCUUACAACUCAGAAAUAACGAUUACGUGGCAUUAUUGUGCUUUAGCGAUAAUGAAAAACGUUGGUUUGAAGAAGAUCUCUGUGUUGAAGAACAUUCAUGCUAUGAUGGCAUGGCCAUUAGAAUCUUCAGAAAGGAAUUAGUCAUUUCUAUCAAUUCAAUUCACUUCGAAACUUUCAAAUUCAAAUUUAAUAUUACAGACACUGUUGGAGAGCUUGUCAAGCAGAUUGCACAAGAGAAAGGCAUAAAUAACUAUGCCGGAUAUACUUUAAUGACAAGAGAAACUACAAUUAAAGGAUCCAAAAUGAAAACUAGAGAAAUUCCAUUAGAUCUCGAAAAAGACUUACCGCAUCAGAUUACAGAUAUGAAAGAACUGAAGUUUGGUCGAUGCUACUUCGUUUUCUCCCACAAAGAUUUGCAAUCUAUGGAUUCUGCAAUGUUGGCAUAUAAAGAUGCAGCUAUUGAGAUGAAAAAUGGAUCAACGAAACUAUUAUCUAAGGAAGAUGCCGUACGAUUGGCCGCUCUUUCGAUUAUUAUCGAAAAUGAUAAAAAUAAUUUCGACAUUAACUCGAUUCCGGACGAAGUUGGCCAAUAUCUUCCAAGUCACUACCCAGAUCACAAGACGCUAGGCUCAGAAGUUCGAAAAUUUUUGGAACAAAAUGGAGUUCCUGACAAAAUCAACGCUGUAAGGCUGUAUUUGAAGCAUGUAAGACUUGUUCCUGACUUUAACAUGCAGAAAUUCAAGUAUACUAAUGAUACAUCGUUGAAUUCUGAAAUGCAAGCCUUAAUUAACCCAUUAUGCGUUACAAUUGUUAACCAAGAAGGUGACAUUAGCUGUAGAAUACCUUAUAAUGAUAUUAUAGAGCUUGAAUGUGAAGAUCAAGUUUUAUCAAUUUUAUAUCAAGUUUCAAAUGACAAUAAUUUCUCAGCUGUCACCAUAAGAACCAAGAAGUGUCUUCUAAUCUACAGAACAAUCAUCACUUACCAAAGAAUUAUCAGAAAUCUGUUAAUGGAGCGCGCACAACUCAGAUUAGAAGGUAAAUGGUCAGGUCCUGUGUCUCCAAAUGACAUCAUCCAUGUCAAUGCUUACAAUGAUUUCACAGAUAAGAAUCCAUCUUUAUUUGAGAUCGAUAGGAACUUCACGGGACAAAUGCUACUCCAAAUAUUAACAAAGAACAUGAAUAUAUCACUUGAAGAUCCAUCAAACAAAGAUUUGGCCAUACUUGUCAAAUUAAGAAAUAUUUACAAGUGGGCGGAACCAAUGAAUACGUUAAGUCAGAUCGGAAUGUACGAUAACAUCGAUGUUUACAUCGUACAUGUUGAAAGAAACAUGAAAAUCUACUUACCGAAUGGAACAGAUAUCGAAUUAAAAAUAAAUGCACAAAGUAAAUCAGAAAAAGUGAUUUCUGAUAUAUUUACAGCACUUAAACAACCAUAUGUAUAUGGAUAUUCAUUGUAUUACAUUAAUGAAAACAAUGAAUUAGUUCCAUCAUCAAGUGAAUCAACAGUUCCUGAGCAAUCAUUAAGAACAGAUAGUUUAUAUCUCAAAAGAAGAUUCUUUACAUUAACAAGAGAUGAUUUGAAGAAUGAUUUAUUGACAACAUCCGCUUUCUUUGAUUCAAGAGAAUAUAUUUUAACAAAAGAAGUUUCAAUAACUGACCAAGUAGCCGUAGAACUUGCUAUUCUUGAUUAUAUAACAGAACAUGAAGAUUUACAAUCAUAUCAGAACUUCAAAGACACUGAUUUCCAAUGGGAAAAGAUGUUUCCUAAAUCAAUAUCUAUAAAGAAAUCAUUGAAAAAGGCAUUUUUAGAAGCAUUUGCAAAUCAUGAAAUAAUUGAUAAAAAACAUGCCAUGAAAAAGUAUUUGACAAUUGUAAGAGAACUCCCAUAUUUCGGUGGUGAAUCAUAUCAAAUAACAAUGAGAGAUUCUGAUUACCAUCGAAAGAAAUUACCAAAAACAUUCCAAGAUGCAAUUAUAAAAAUUUGUCCAUUGAAUAUUUUCUUGUUGGAAACAAAUGGAAAAGUAAUACAUAAAUUAUUCUGGAGACAAGUAAUUUCAUAUGAAGCAUCGAAGAAAUCAAUGAGAUUGACAUUUAGAAAUGCAAAAGGUGAUGAAAUAAUCAAUGUAGAUAUCAGAAGUAAAUCGAUGCAGGAUAUUUUAAUGAUGAUCAAAGGUUCAUGGACAAUUUUCGUAACAAUUAUGCAGCUCCAUAGAAAAGAAGAUGAAGCGAAACAAGAAGAAAGAAAUAAAAGACAUAACGGUGGAUUUACAGAUAACGGAAAAGUCCAUGGUCCACAAGUUGAUUUAUAUGUAAUUACUGAUUUAGUUACACGAAAGAAAACUAAAUUAGUUUGGUUAGAUAUCGACAUGACACAACAAGAAGUUCUUAAUUUCAUGAGAAAAUUAUAUAACACGAAUCCAAAAGAUAAAUAUGGAUUAAUGAUUGAAAAUUCUGAAUCAUAUACAUGGUUGUUAUCUGAUAUGAAAAUCAAAGAUGUUGAUGUCAAAGUUCUUUCUAAUCUUUUCUAUUUGAAUAUCCGACCAAAACUGAAAAUUCAAGAUGAUAAUGGUCAAACAAAAGAAGUUGUUUUGAGAUUGGAAGUUCCUUUGGUUGAAUCGAUUAAAGAAGUUUGUGACGAAUUCGGCAUCAAACAAUCAAUCGGAUACACAUUGUUCGCACCUGAAAAGACAAAGAACAAUGAGUUAUUCCCAUUGGAAUUGAAUUCGACAUUGCCAGAACAAAUUUCUUCUUUCGAAGGUUUAGUUUUAAGAAGAAGAUUCUUCGUUAUAACUAAACUUGAUUUCGAAUCUCAAGAAGCAUUCAAUCAGAUCUACAAUGAUAUUAGAAGAAUGGUUAAUUCUGGUGUCAUGGAUAUUUCUCUUGAAAUGGCAAAUGAAUUGGCUUUUUACCAGAUGUCCGUUGAUAUGAAUCCAUUGACAGAAAAAGCAAUUCCUGAAAAUUGUUCGAAUUAUUUACCAAAGAACAUCAAACAAAACAGGAAUAUGAAGCUCGAAAUCAAGAAAUACAUGAAGUUAUAUCCAAAACUAACAGUUGAAGAAGCACAAAGACAAUUCAUUGAACACGCAAGAUCAAUACAAUCAUUUGCUUGCGAAAGAUAUUCAGGAUAUUACUUCUCAAAUGUAAAAGGAAACAGAAGAAUGCAUGAAAUAAGUGUUGUCAUCACUCCUUAUAGAUUUUAUGUCACUGAGAAACAAACAAAUACUCUUUUGAUCAAUAUACAACACGAAUUCAUUUACAAGAUUGAAGAAUUGGAAGGAAGAUUGUGUAUUUCUUAUACAGGAUUAGAUAAACAAAACUUUGUAUUGGACAUGGAAUCAACAGCAUCAAGACAAAUUAAGAAUGUAAUUGAUACUUAUUACAGCAUUAAAUGUCAAUUACUCAAACUCAGAAUCACUGAUGAUUUCAAGCCAGAAGAAAUCUCAAGUGGUGAACACCUUUUGAUUUUUGCACACAUUGGAGUAGAUAAUGAUAAACACAGAUCAAUUGCUUUCGAUCAGAGAUGUAAUGGUCAACAAUUGGUCCAAAGACUCAGAAAAUUAUUGAAUUUGAAUGAAAAGUCAUCUUUGUAA